CCUCUUUGUUUGAAGAAUGUGCGCUCUGGCCUCCGUCGUUUCACCACGUGAAAAGCGCUCCCGCCCAAUUUGUUUUAGGCCUCGACCAAUCCGGACCAAUCCCGCUUGCCGUCUUUGAUGGCACGAAAACCUCAAUAUCGAGCCACUCUGGGGAUAUAGGCGCGUUAUAAUCCGCAGGUCGUGCACCGGGCUUGUACUGGACCCCCAUCUCAACUUUUUCGUCGGCAGCUCGACUAUGUGGAAGACGGAAUACGACAUCAUCAUCGUCGGCGCGGGCGUAGUAGGCGCGACCCUCGCAUACGCGCUCUCUUGUGAGCAGCCGCACCUUCGCAUAUGCCUGCUCGAACGCUCGCUCGCGGAGCCGGACCGCAUCGUCGGUGAGCUGCUGCAACCAGGCGGCGUGCGUAGCCUCGAGAAGCUGGGCAUGAAGGACGCGAUCGACAACCUCGACUCCGCGCCGUGCAAGGGUUACUGCGUGAUCGACACGCGCGAAGGCCGGAAAGUGCACAUUCCAUAUCCCAAUGACGCGCGCGGCGCGGGCUUCCACUACGGACGCUUUAUUCAGGCGCUGCGGGAGAAGGUGCGCGAGCGUGCGCGUGGGGAGGCGGGCGCUGGCGGUGUGGACAUGCUCGAGGCGACCGUGUCCGAGCUCAUCACACGCGAGUUCGAGCCGCAUGUGGUGCUCGGCGUGCGCGCGACGCGCAAGGUGGACGGGGAGGACGUGAAGGAGAGCUUCAUGGCGCCGCUCACCGUCAUCGCGGACGGCUGCUUCUCGAACUUCCGCACGGCGGUGAUGGGGGAGGAGAACUUCGUUAAGCCGAGUGUGCGGAGCCACUUUGUAGGCCUGGUGGUGCGCGACGCGAAGCUGCCGUACCCGAACCACGGUACGGUGUGCUUGGUGCAGAACCACGGGCCCGUGCUGCUGUAUCAGAUCGACAACGGAAAUCGAGAGGGGGAAGAGGGAAGGACCGGGACUCGUAUGCUGGUGGAUGUCUCUCAGCCUUUCCCUGAGGAUCUUAAGGAACACAUCGCGACUCGAGUUGUUCAGCAGCUUCCCGAAGAGAUGCGCGAACCCAUCAUCAACUCUCUCAACGACCCCGACACUCGUAUCCGCCGCAUGCCCAACUCCUUCCUCCCUCCCGCACCGCAGCAUGUCUUCCACCUCUCCUCGCUCCCCUUCCCUCUCUCGCUUCUUAACAUCCCUUGGUCAUUGCUCUCUCUUCCGUUCUCUGGUUCGAAGAAGGACGAGAUCUACAUGGAGAAGGACAAGCCGGCGGUGCAUAACGGACGCAAGGAGGGCGUGAUGCUGGUCGGCGACUCGUACAAUAUGCGCCAUCCCUUAACUGGCGGUGGAAUGACGGUGGCGCUACACGAUGUAGUCAUCUUGACGCGGUUGUUGUCGAAGGAGGCCGCAAAGAAUAAGAAAAACGCUUUCGGUGACUGGACCGCGAUGAACGAGGUCCUGCGGAAGUGGUACUGGGAGCGCAAGGCACUCGGCAGCACGAUCAACGUGCUCAGUGUCGCGCUCUACGACCUCUUCGGCGCCGAGGACGAGAACUUGGAGAUCCUCCGUACAGGGUGUUUCAGGUACUUUGAGCGCGGCGGGAAGUGCGUCUCGGAGCCCGUUAGCAUUCUCAGCGGCAUGCUCGAGUCGCCUUUCUUGCUCUUCUACCACUUCUUCUGCGUUGCAUUCUACGCGAUCUACAUCAUGUUCCAGCAGAACGACGGUCGCUCGUUCUUUGGCAAGGUCGCGAAGGCUCUAUCGGUGUUUCACACCGCUGUCGUGGUCUUCGUGCCACUGAUGUGGACGGAGGUGCGCUGCUGGGCACCGACGGCACUGGCGAACGUACCGAAUGUGCUGCUGUUUGCCAUUAUGCUGGCGGGCGUGGCGAAGGUGGCGACGUGGCCGACGGCGGGAGCGGCCGUUGAGCCGUUGUCUGUGUGAGCGGAUGAGGUUGUGGUGGACGCGAUGAGGCCAUGGGCAUAGAUGCGAUGCAGUAUGACUGACUACGGGACGGGAGCGGCGACUCCCUCAGACGAAGGAUCUAUCUACAGUAUGAACCUAAUGCAUAAUGCGUACUCGAGUAUACCAGGAAUAUCAAACUUCUGCAUGUCUUCAUGCCUUCCUCC